AGAGAGAGAGAGAGAGAGAGAGGGAGAGAGAGAGAGAGAGAAUACCGGAGAUAAAAUAUCAAGAUGCCGUGCUCCGCGGUGACGCUGUCCCUUGCCACCAUAACCGGUAUCAUCGCCACUGCUCUCCUGGCGAUCGCCUUCUCCACGGACAACUGGCUCUACACCGAGGUCAAGCGCGCUCAGAUCCAGUCGAGACUUAUUUGAGCCCCGUGGAGACGCACUGCAUGAAUAUCGAUUAUUUCAUUCCUGAUGAGGACAAUCAAACGAGAGGUUUCUCUGACGACGCAAUGGCACGAUUACAUAUGGGGAGAUCCGUGAUAGCCUUAUUCAUGGUUGGCUUUCUCGCGAUAUUUUCGGCAUUCUGGACAGGAGUAGUGGGUUGCUGGAGAAGAUCACCAGGAAAUAUCACAGCCACGGCAAUUCUGAUGUUAUUCGCCUGCCUACUAAGUGCUGGCGGUAUGGGCCUCUGGCACGGCGUCGAGUAUUAUGAGAAAGAGAAAAUCGUCGGAGAAGAGUAUUAUCAACAAUGGAGCAAUGUUUUAAGGGACAACACGGCGCAGUGGUAUGACUGGUCGUUUUACCUCGCCUGGCUGGGGGUGGCUACGUGUCUGGGCACGAUGACGCUAUUCCUGAUCGCGGCAUCCUGCCUGAGAAGGGAGCGUGCCCGCGAACAGGCCCAGAACGUUCAGUACAUUAUGCCAGUGUACCCGCAGAAGCAGCAGUAUGCGUACGCCGGAUAUCCGGCACCGGCGGCGUAUCCGGGGCCGUAUUAUCACGGUUCCCAAUAUGGGCCAUACAACUACUGAAGGAACUCGGCCGGUCGGCAUCGAAUGGAAAGAGAGUAACGCGAGCGCGCCGAUGCUCGUCGACAACGAAAAUUCACGUCGCACCUAGGACGAGGAUCAAAAACAUUCGACACGAAAUCCGAAAGACAAUUCGCCGAGAGGUCGAUCCGUUCAACGCGGUGUGAAGAAGGAUUCGCAACGAUCGCACACCGCCGACCUCGGGCCUGUAUAGAUUUGAAUCGUAUUUCAAACCCCCCCCCCCCCGUGGCUCCGGACAUCACGUCGAGACGUGGGCGCCACGAGAUUCGCACAACAAGCUCUCCCCGCGAUAGACCGAUCGUUUGAUUCCAUCCGACCGGAAGCAAGAAUUCCAGGCAGGACGAAAGUCUGAAAGAUGUCGGAGCGAGGUCCAAGAGGGAUUCCAAAAAAUUAGGAAGAUUUUGGACAUCCCUUGAAACGUUCCUCCGCCGUGUCUUUCGAACGUUCGUAUUGCCCCGGAAACCCGACUUGCGCGAGACGGUUGCUCAAAAUACGCGUACUUAUACUUUAGAAGCGAGAUUACUUUGUAUCUUUCCAGUUUCGAUAAGAUAUCGACCAUUUCCUCACUCCGAAUUCCAUUCGGCGCGUGCUAAUUCGCGAGGGCGUGAAUUUGCAUUCGCGAGAAAUAUCGCGUUCCCAUCGCACGUCGUCGCCGAUGAUCGGUUUCACCGAUGCUUUCUCGAAUUCUCAUUUAACGAACGUUUUAGACCGUUCAUCACGGUAACGGUACCCACAAAAAGAGAGGGAUCCGACGGAAAAUGCAGUCGGGCGAUCACCGCCGCGGAUUCAACGCGACGGACGUUACUCGCCUCGAUGAAAACAAUCGCGAGUCGUGCAAUUGAUUUUGAUCGAUCGUGUCGAUCGAAUUUUAGGUCUCUGCGAAGCUUGGCUCGCGUCGACACGCCGCGCGUUUACCAUUUAUUUAUUUAGCGCGAUCGAAGCUCAAGUUUCUCUCUCGAGGAGAGGACCGAUGUCGAGUCGCGCGAGCAAAGUAGAAAGCGACGCGAGUACGGCACCACGCUCAUGAACGCUCUCGCCUCCUCGGUGGUAUCAAAUAUUAAAUAAAUAUCCUGACCACAAAAACAAGACCACCGCAAUUGCGCGAAAAUAUUUCUAUGUACUGAGAAUUUAGUUUUAACACUUUCGACUCUAACGGAACGAUAGAUUUCAGUUGAGGGAAUAUCGCGAUUAGAAAGAUGGAUUUGAAGGGAAACACCACCAGGAUAUUUUCAGUUUCUCUCAAAUCAUCUUAAUAAUGAUAUGUAUUAGUUGUAUUCUCAGAUCUGAAAAUCCAUCGUUCCAGGCCAUUGAUGUGCGUGCACGAUAUGCAAGAGGUUCAAUCAAAUGAAUUAAAAAUUCUUGGAAAGGUUAAAGCUACUUUCUCGGGCGUAUACGAUAUACGUAACGCGAAAUGUGAACAUUUAUAUAAUAUAUGGUGCCACCAGGAUCAUUACGCGAUAACGAUUCGCGGAGUUUGUCUAAUACGUAGCUCUUUUGAUAAUGUUGAUUUUUGUAAGAUUCACUAUCGAUAUCUCUAUGUAAGACAUUUAGGAAGUAAUAUGAAAAGUAUUUCGAUUUAUAUAUAAUAUUUUUUAUGAAUUGGAAUUGCUCUCUCUUUUCCUCUCUUUUUAUUUUUUACAUAUUUCAUUUCCAUAUGCAAAUAAAAUAGAUUACUUUAUACACAAACACACAUGUACACAAACACAUAGACAAACACACACAAAACUUUCUCUUUUAAUUUAUCUCUCGUCGUAGUUUACCUUUCAUCAGCUUCUUGUAGGCAAACAGCAAUACUUCAUAAAAAAAA